UUCGAAGUUUAGAGCGAUGUUUGAUCCCACUUUAUGAGAUCCUUAAAAGUUCACUUGUUUCUUAUGAAAAAGUAGUUACGGCCCUGACGCGCAUGGGACGAACUUUUUGGGAGAACAGCUUUUCUAACAAUUUAUCACUUUUAAGAGGGCUCUCACUUGGGUACUCAUCGUCCGUCAGUUGUGUGCCAAGAAGCAGGCAAGUUUGCUGGAGGGGUUAACAAGCUUGUGAAUCUAGGAUUUGAUCCUUCAAAAGUUAUAUUUGUUCACGCAGUCCGUAUUCUUUAUACGAUGACACACAAAACAUGAGAACAUAAAAUGGAGGUUUAUAGGAGGUGGGGUUUGUCUGAAGAUGAGAUUUGGUUGAUUUUUAGAAAGCAUCCCAUUUGUAUGGCUUUGUCUGAGAAGAAGGUCAUGCAUACAAUGGAUUUGCGGAAGAUGUGACAGCCUGCUGCUAUUGCUAGAGUUCCAAUUGUGCUUUGUUGUAGUUUGGAGAGGAGUAUUAUGCCUAGAUGUUCAGUUGUAAGAGUUUUGCUUUUGAAAGGUUUGAUUAAGGCAGACAUCCAUUUAUCCUCUGUGUUGAUUCCUUCUGAAAAGCACUUCUUGGAGCUGUUUGUGAUCAAGUAUCAAAAACAGGUGCCGCAAUUGUUGGAUCUCUUUCAGGGAAAGAUGGGUCUUACAGAGCUUGGCUUUGCGUUUGAUGAUAAAUUUGGGAUUCUGGGUUAGUAAGUGUAGAGUGUGCAUCAAGGCAAUCAUCAACGCAUGGAUUUCUAUUUGUAGAUCCUUUGUGAUUGGUUCUUUUAAUUUCUUUGGUGACUCGGCAAAGCUUGAAUCAGCAGCUAUGCUUCAUAGUAAGAAAAGAAAUCGCCUAUUUCAAGAACGCUUGGACAAUUUGGUAUAUGUGAAGUACAAUAGAGCGUUGCUAUGCCAACAAACUUUUGGGGAUAUCACAACACCUGUUGAUUUGGCAAAUAUUGAUGAAAGUAAUGAGUGGUUGCUUAGUGAAUGCGAUGGGGAUGAUAAUGAUGAUAAUUCUCUUGUUUUCAUGAAUGGCGUAUUGACCUGGGGUGAUGUUGGUAGAGCAACCGGAGUUUUUGAAUCUCGUUAUGAAUCGAGAUCGGCUGCAAGAUCAACACCAGUUGAAACUCCAUCAUUUCGAAGGCCACGUGCAAUGAGAGGUGCAUCUUCUUCGCAAGUUGAUGAUGAUGAAGAGGAGGAAGAAUUUGUAAUGGUCAUUGUUGAAAAUGAAGAUGAUUUUGAAAAUCUUAAUGAUGAGUAGUUUUAGUUAUAAGUUUUUUAUGUACUUCUUACAUUUUGUUUAUUAUGACUUACAACUUAUUUUUAUGUAUUAAAGUUUGAACUUCUAUAAUUUACAUUUUCUAUUAUGUGACUUA